AUCAAUCCCUUGCGUGGCCUUCUCCUCCCCCACUCCCUUCUUCUCCUCCACCUACUCGCCGCCGCUUCUCGCCGCCGUUCGCCGACGGCCGGCACAUGAUCUCCUCGAUCUUCUCAGAUGUUAAGCAAACCCAUCGGCCGCUUCUUCUCGGUAUCGUCCUCUUCCUCUCCUCUCAUUCCCCAAAUCCUUCGCAUCCUCACCCUCCCCAACUGGCCUUCCAAUCCUGAACUCCUCCGUAUUGCUCCUUCCCUCCCUCCUCACCACCUCCCUCUCCUCCUCCGAUCCCCAUCUCUGCCCUCUCCUGUUGCUCUACACUUCUUCCACUGGUUCUCUCAGCGGCAUUCCAUCAAACACCCUCUCGACGCAUUCUUCACUCUCUCAAACAGGCUCCUUUUCGACAGGAUGUUCUCCGCUGCUGACCGCCUUCGCGUCCUCGCGAUCAAAUCCUGCGACGCAAGGGAAGACAUGUCCCGCGUUAUUGCUUUCUUCAAUCCAAUCAGCGUAAACGAGUUCCGCUUCGGCCUCUACAGCUACAACGCCAUGCUGAUCCAGCUCGGAAGGCUCAAUAUGCUUGCGGAUGCCGUGAGUCUCUAUCACCAAAUGCUCAACAGCGAUGUCCAGCCGACUCUGGUGACUUUCAAUACCGUGAUCAACGUGCUCUGCAAGAAUGGAAAGGUUCGCUCAGCGGCUUCAGUCUUGAAUCGGCUCGUUCAGAGUGGUCUCAAGCCUGAUACUUUCACCCAUACUUCUUUCAUACUUGGGCAUUGCCGGAAUUUUGAUCUUGAUUCUGCAUUCAAGGUGUUUGAUAGAAUGCCGGAGGAAGGGUGCGAGCCGAAUGCAGUGACUUAUUCGACUCUGAUCAAUGGGCUUUGCGAUGAUGGGAGGCUGGAUGAGGCAUUGGAUUUGAUGAGUGAGAUGGUUGACAAGGGUAUUGAGCCUACUGUGUAUAGUUAUACUGUUCCCAUUGCGGCUCUGGGUAGCUGCGGGCGGCUUAUAGAAGCGUUUGGGCUGGUCUCUGACAUGAGGAUGAGGAGGUGUCCGCUGAAUGUUCAGAGUUACACUGCACUUAUCAGUGGAUCAUGCGGCUCAGAUUUGCUUCGAUUGGCUAUUGGGUUGUUUCAGAGGAUGGCAUUGGAUGCUUUGGUGCCAAAUGCUGUGACUUAUAAUGCUCUGAUAAAUGGUUUGUGUCAGAAGAUGAUGAUUGACACUGCCAUGAAGGUUUUUGAUUUGAUGGACAGGAGGGGUUGCUCGCCAGAUUCCCAGACAUACAAUGAACUCAUAAGGGGGUUCUGUUUGAUAGGAAUGACUGAAAAGGCGAUGGUUCUGUUUGAUAGGAUGAUCAGAAGAGGUCCUUUGCCAACCCAAGUGACAUAUAAUACUAUAGUCGAUGGGUAUUGUAAAGUUGGCAAUCUCAGUAACGCUGUUCGAAUGGUUGAUCUGAUGAAAGAGAAUGGAUGCAAGCCUGAUGAGUGGACUUAUACUGAACUUAUUUGUGGUUUCUGCAGUGGAGGGAAGCUGGAUAUAGCUUACAAGAUGUUUGAGGAAAUGGUAGGUCUUGGUUUAAAGCCAAAUGAGGUUACUUAUACUGCUAUGAUAGAUGGGUAUUGCAAGGAUGGGAAAGUAGAUUUUGCAUUUUCCUUACUUGAGAAGAUGGACCAGAAUGGUUGUGAACCAACUAUACAGACAUACAAUGCUCUAAUUAACGGCCUCUCAAAGGAAAACCGGUUAACAGAAACAGAUAGUCUGUGUGCAGACAUGCGAGAGAAAGGUCUGUUGCCUAACGUUGUUACUUACACUACUUUGAUGGAUGGGUUGUGUAGGAAUGGUUCUACUUCUCUUGCUAUAAAAAUCAUGGAUGAGAUGAUAAAGAGUAACUGCAAGCCCACUGUUCACACAUAUAGUGUUCUUGUUUAUGGCUUGUGCCAAAAAGGCAAGAUUGAGGACGCUGAGAAAAUAAUCAGUGAGAUGAAAGAAAAACAAUUGGUUCCUGAUGAAGUCACAUAUACAUCCAUGAUUGAUGGUUAUGUUAUGUUAGGCAGGACUGAUCUUGCCUUUUCUCUGUUAAAGACAAUGGUUGAUUCAGGUUGUAAACCAAACUACAGGACAGUCAGUGUUCUGCUGAAAGGAUUGCUAAAGGAGCAUCAGAUGACAGAACAAAGACUUGCAGCUUUCCCAAAUGCAGUCUCAAGUUUCAGUUUGGAAGAAAAGACUGUGGACAUUGACAUUAUUUCUACUCUAAUAGCUAGAUUGUCACAGUUCAAACAUGAUGUACUAACUGAUGUUUACAGAGCUUUGGUGAGUGGUUUGUGUAGAGAAGGUAGAUGGUAUGAGGCUGAUCAGUUGGUCAGAAAUAUGAAAGAUCAAGGCUUAUCUCCUGAUGUAGAAAUUUGUAGUAGUCUGUUACUUGUAGCUUGCGAACAAUUGCAAGUAGAUCUUGCUUUAGAAAUAUUUAAUACAAUGAUUGCCAAGGCCUUUGAGCCUUGUCUUGCUGGGUACAAGGGACUGAUAUGUGCUCUUUGCAAAGUGGGGCGGGUGGAAGAGGCUCAAACCCUUUUUGAAGGCAUGCUGCUUCACCGCUGGAAUCCUGAUGAGAUCGCAUGGACGGUCAUCAUUGAUGGUCUGUUCAAAGAUUGUGGACCAGAUUUGUGUAUGAAAUUUCUCCAUGUGAUGGAAGCUAGGAACUGUAUCCCCACUUUCCAAACGUAUGUUAUUUUGGCUAGAGAAAUACCGAAUGAAGGGUAGUCCAUUGAAAUGGUUUCUUUUGCUUGUGAUGUGAGGAUCUGUGGAUUCCCUCUUGUCAUAAUUCGGCCCGAGAAUAAGCCAUUGAAUUGGGGAAGUUUAAAUUGAUCAAGAUCUGCAUAUUGAUGGAAGGGCACAGAAUGCUGAACCAAUUUAUGGAACCACAAGUUUUCAUCCUUCAAUAAAGCAAGAGGAAUUUUAUUCAGCCGCAGCAAGUUCGGAUUCAACUGCAUAAUGAUGGCAUUAAGAACAAAACUAAAACAGCUUGCUGAGUUUUGUGAGUGCAAGCUGCUCAAUUCCUUCAUUUAUUAAAGAAAACAUGGGAUCUUGUUGUUAUGUCACAGUUAAUACUUAAUGGUUACAGAAAUAUCUUCAAAACAGAUGCACGUCUUCCAGUGAAGAACGGAAAGCUGAAAAAGGCAAUAAGAGGAGUUAGCUUGCUGGUUGUAAUUAAAGAAAGAAAACCAUGUUUGUUGCUUGGUGAAGUUAAUAAAUCACGUGUUGACAUCAUCCUGUCAUUGAGUUCAUGUUGUUGUAUAUCCCUUCGAUUGUAUGUAAAUAACUUGAGAAUCACUUGGAGGGAUCACAUUGUAAUUCUCAAUCGCAUUCUUUAAUUCUUACAUGGAUAUAAAAUCAUUUCAUGGUUUUCUCAUGUUCCCAACACUUAUCUGAUGUGUUUGUAUUCCUCUGUUAAUUUUAACUGUGUGCUCAAAGAUU